ACAUACACUUGAGGAGAAGGUGAGUGAGUGAGGAGCAGAUCUGGAAAUAGAACUCUCCUGCUAAUUUUAACCGGCGGGAAAGAGAUCUCCUCCGCAUCAAUUCAUCGUCUUCUCCUUAAACCCUAAUUUUUCCAAUUUCAAAUCUCAAUUUCAAUUCAAUUGCAUCACCAACAACUAGCGACUGAGCUCUCUUCAAUGGCGAGUGUCCCCGAGGAAGAAGAAGAAGACACCCAAAUCAAACCCGAACUCCACGACCAAUCCGAUCUCCCGCUCCGCUACGCCUCUCUCGAGCGCGUCUACUCCGUCUCCUCUUCCUCCUCCUCGUCACUCUGCUGUGUAAACAACGCCAACAAUGCGAUGAUCUCCAGCAAGGUCAAAGCCGAGCACGCUUUCGAGUUGCGCCGACCUGAGAUUGUUCGCGUCUACAGUCGCCGUAGGAGGCGACUACCUGAGGAGGACACUAAGAAGAAGAUGAAGAAACGGAGGAUUGGUAACAGCGAGCUGAUGAAACUGGGAGUAGAUUCGACUACGUUAAGCGUCUCCACUACGCCGAUUUUGAGAGGAUGUAGAGUUAACGCUAAUAAGCAGAACGGAUCUUCGAAGAGGAAGGGGAAGAAGAAGCUAAUCCAAGCUUCUCCCACAGCUAAGAAAUGGAUUAGGUUAAGUUAUGAUGGUGUUGAUCCUACUACUUUCAUUGGGCUGCAAUGCAAGGUUUUUUGGCCAUUGGAUGCUGAUUGGUAUACUGGUUCUAUCAUUGGGUAUAAUGUAGAGAAUAAGCAUCAUACUAUUAAGUAUGGAGAUGGGGAUGUUGAGGAGUUAGCUCUUCGUCGUGAAAUGAUCAGAUAUUUAGUUUCUCGUGAAGAGAUGGAGCGGCUGGAUCUGAAGUUUGGUAGUAAUGAUGUGGCUGUCGGUGGUCAAGAUUAUGAUGAGAUGGUUGUAUUGGCUGCUUCCUUUGAGGGGUGUCAAGAUUUUGAGCCUAGAGACAUCAUAUGGGCGAAACUAACUGGUCAUGCUAUGUGGCCAGCGAUUGUUGUGGAUGAAUCUGUUGUAGUAAAGCGGAAAGGUCUAAACAACAAGGCACCUGGAGGAAACUCAAUACUUGUACAGUUUUUCGGCACUCAUGAUUUUGCUAGAAUACAAGUCAAGCAAGCGGUAUCAUUUCUUCAAGGGCUUCUCUCGAGGUCUCCCCUGAAGUGCAAGCAACCUCGGUUUGAACAGGCGAUGGAAGAAGCAAAAAUGUACCUGAAAGAAUUUAAGCUUCCAGGAAGGAUGGAUCAACUUCAAAAAGUUGCUGAUACUGAUUGUUCUGAAAGGACUAACAGUGGAGAAGAGGACAGCUCAAACUCUGGUGAUGAAUACACAAAAAAUGGAGAAGUCUGGUUGCGACCAGCGGAACUUGGAAAUUGUUUGUAUACAAUAGGAGAUCUGCGGAUAAUAAAUCUUGGAAGAAUCGUGACUGACUCUGAGUUUUUUAAGGACAGUCAUCAUACUUGGCCUGAAGGGUAUACAGCUAUGAGAAAGUUCAUAUCACUAAAAGAUCCUGGUGCAUCUGCCAUGUACAAGAUGGAAGUACUUAGAGAUGCUGAGUCAAAGACUCGCCCUGUUUUCAGAGUGACCACAAAUAGCGGUGAGCAGUUCAAAGGAGACACUCCAUCUGCCUGCUGGAAUAAAAUAUACAGUAGAAUAAAAAAGAUUCAGAGUGCGUCGGAUAGUCCUGAUAUGUUGGGUGACGGACUACAUGAAUCUGGUACAGAUAUGUUUGGCUUCUCCAACCCAGAAGUUGAUAAACUUGUACAGGGGCUACUACAAUCCAGACCAACCUCAAAGGUUUCUCAGCGCAAAUUUAGUUCGGGGAAAUAUCAAGAUCAUCCUACUGGUUACCGACCUGUGCGGGUUGACUGGAAAGAUAUUGACAAGUGCAAUGUCUGCCACAUGGAUGAGGAAUAUGAGAACAAUCUGUUCCUGCAAUGUGAUAAAUGUAGAAUGAUGGUCCAUACUAGAUGCUAUGGGCAGCUGGAACUCCGUGAUGGUUUUCUGUGGUUAUGCAACUUGUGUCGUCCUGGCGCUGUUGAUAUUCCUCCACGAUGUUGUCUCUGUCCUGUCGUUGGUGGCGCUAUGAAGCCGACAACUGAUGGGCGCUGGGCUCAUCUGGCGUGUGCCAUAUGGAUCCCAGAAACAUGCUUAUCGGAUGUCAAGAAGAUGGAACCCAUUGAUGGGGUUAAUAAAGUCAAUAAGGAUCGUUGGAAGCUUUUGUGCAGCAUCUGCGGGGUAUCUUAUGGAGCUUGUAUCCAAUGUUCAAACAGUUCUUGUCGAGUGGCAUAUCAUCCACUAUGCGCACGAGCUGCUGGUCUCUGUGUUGAGCUUGCGGAUGAGGAUAGGCUUUUUCUUCUAUCAAUGGAGGAGGAUGACGCAGAUCAGUGCAUCCGCCUACUUUCAUUUUGCAAGAGGCAUCGACAAACAUCAAAUAACCACCUAGAAACAGAGUACAUGAUCAAACUUGUUCAUAAUACUGCGAAGUAUGUCCCACCUCCUAAUCCAUCUGGGUGUGCUCGUACUGAGCCUUAUAACUAUCUUGGAAGAAGAGGACGAAAGGAACCCGAAGCUCUUGCUGGUGCCUCUUCAAAACGACUAUUCGUUGAAAAUCAGCCGUAUAUUGUUGGUGGAUACUCUCGACAUGAAUUUUCAACGUACGAACGCAUACGUGGAUCAAAGGUGUCUCAGAUCAUUACUCCAAGCAAGAUUUUAUCUAUGGCCGAGAAAUAUAGAUACAUGAAGGAAACGUACAGGAAGAGAUUAGCAUUCGGGAAAUCAGGAAUUCAUGGUUUUGGGAUUUUUGCAAAGCUUCCACAUAGGGCAGGAGAUAUGGUGAUUGAAUACAGUGGAGAACUCGUUCGGCCUUCAAUAGCUGACAAGAGAGAACAUCUUAUAUACAACUCAAUGGUGGGUGCGGGGACAUACAUGUUUAGAAUUGACAAUGAGCGGGUCAUAGAUGCAACAAGGACAGGGAGCAUUGCCCAUCUGAUCAAUCACUCAUGUGAGCCAAAUUGCUAUUCGAGAGUCAUUAGGGUUAAUGAUGAUGAUCAUAUUAUCAUAUUUGCAAAGAGGGAUGUGGCAAAAUGGGAGGAGCUGACCUACGAUUAUAGGUUCUUUUCAAUUGAUGAGCGACUUGCAUGUUACUGUGGCUUUCCAAGAUGUCGAGGUGUUGUUAAUGACGCAGAAGCCCAAGAACAGCAGGCAAAUAUUUAUGCUACUCCCUGUGAGUUAAAAGAGUGGACAGAGGCCUGAGAGAAUGAUAGAAGAAAACGAAAGCCUGUGAGAGAAAGGUUUUGACCUAACUACAAACUUUGUUCCAACUAAAAACUUAGUGUUUCCCAUUAAUUUGUAGAAAAACAUAGAUUUGUAAGCACAGUGAUUAGAGAUUGAACAGGGGGUUUAUGUUUUGAGUCAGAAAAAGAGAUGCAUAGUUUUCUUCUU